AUGUUCGUGAAUGCUCGCUUCGCUGGUCCCAGUACACAGAUUCGCUCGCGUCCUGCUCAUUUCGCAGGUGCACCUCCCCGCCUAGCGCGCCUCUCCAGCGCCCGUGCCGCCUUCUUCUCCGCUCGCCCCCCGCUCGUCCCCGCCACGCGCCUAUCCGUCCCACCGCGCCGCACCAAUGGAGGGGCCGUGCGCGUCGCGGCGACCACGUCGGGCGGGCAGGGCUCCGCGGGGUCGGUGGCGGUAGGCUCUUUCCGCGCGGGGCAAAAGCGCGCGGAGGUGCGCCUUCCUGCGCUGCUGCUGACGCUGACCAGCGCGGAAGUCUUGCGCGGAGGGGCGCAGGGCAGCGCGGAGGCGGUGGACGCGGCGGUGGCGGGGGGCGCGACCAUGGUGGUGGUGGGGGAGGAGGGCGCGGGCGGCGCGGGCAUGGAGCUGUUCGAGGCGGCGUGCGCCGUGAAGGAGGUGGUGCGCGGGCGAGUGCCGCUGCUCGUGGCGGAACGCGCGGAUAUCGCCGCCGCUGCCGGCGCUGAUGGCGUGCUGCUGUCCGAUAACGGUGCGAUGGGCCACACCUCUUCCCUUCUUCCCUUCAUUCUCCGUCCCUCUCACGCCUUUCUCUGCCACUCCUCUCCUCUACCCUCUGCUUCGCCCCUUCUCCCCGUGGUCGCGCCCCUCUGGGCACGGCCUUUCGCCUCGCCCCGUACGUACACCCAUCCCUCAGGUCUGCCGGCAGUGGCGGCGCGGCGAAUGAUGGAGAGUGCGGCGUCGGGCCCGCUGCUGCCGCUCGUGGCGCGCCGAGUGGCGUCCGUGGCCGCCGCAGUCACCGCCACCACCGCUGACGGCGCCGACCUCAUCCUGCUCGCACCCUCCGCUGCCGCACCAGGGCGGGGUGCUAUCAGUGCCAGCAGUGCGGGGCGCAGUGCUGAUGCGGCAGCAGUGGCGCAGGUGAGGGCGCGGCAGGUGAGCAUCCCCGUGCUGGUGCAGCGGGGCGAGGGGGCCGCGUGGGCAGGGGGCGAGGGCGUGCAGUGGGUGCGCGGCGUCAUGGGCAGCGGCGCAGCUGGCGUGGCCGUUACUCUCUCCUCGCUGCUGCAGGCGGCAGCAACAGAACCAGCCGAAGCAGCAGAAGGAGCGGACGGAGCAGAAGCAGGGGAAGUAGGGAGUGUGGCAGGUGGCGGGGAGAGCAGGGCGAUGCGCGCAGCGGUGGGGCGCGUGGUGGGCGCCAUGGCUGAUGCUCGGUGGGUCACCAAGGGCAUGGGGGAGGGCGCGGGGGAGGAGAGUGAGACGGAGAGUGAGGGGGAGAGUGAGGAGGAGGGGGAGGAAGUGGGCAUGGGAGUGGGAGGUGCAGCAGGGGGCGAGGUCCUAGGGCGUGGGGACGUGGAGGAGGUGAGGGAGGAGGUGGAGCAGGUGCUAUCUGGCGUGGGGGGCCCUCCGGGGCCCGCUGCUGCGAGUGCUGUGGCAGGGGAGGAUGUGCGCUUGCAGGUGGCAAGGGAGGGGGAGGGGGAGAAGGGCGAGAAGGGCGGGAAGGAGGAGGAAGAGGAGGAGGAGGGCGAGGGCAGGGAGGGGCGGGGGUUGCUCGACGUGGAGGGGCGGAGGAUCAUGAAGGCGGAGAGGAAGCUGCUCUCCUCGCUGCUCGCCCUGCUCCGUGCUGCCUGCCCUGAUAUGGCGGAGAUACAGCUGUUGGAGGACUCCCUCGCCCGACUGGGGGAACCCUUCCUCGUUGUUGUCGUGGGCGAGUUCAACUCGGGCAAGUCGUCGCUGGUGAACGCGCUGCUGGGGGACGCGUUUCUCAAGGUGGGGGUGGUGCCCACCACCAACGAGAUCACGCUGCUGCGCCACCUCGACACCUCGCCCUCCUCGCAGCUGCGUGCACGUGCCGCCCAGGCCGCGUCCAGUGCAGCGCUGUCGGCGGCAGCAGCGGGGUCGCAGAGGGGGGCGGUAGCGGGGCGGGCGGCAGCGAGGGCGGUGGCGGGGCGCAUGGCGGUGGAGGAGCAGCGCCACCCCGACGGGCACAUGAUCCGCUUCCUGCCCGCCGACCUCCUCAAACAGAUGAACGUGGUGGACACGCCCGGCACGAACGUCAUAUUGGAGCGCCAGCAGCGCCUCACAGAGGAGUUCGUGCCCCAGGCGGACCUCGUGCUCUUCGUACUCUCCGCUGACCGCCCCCUCACCGAGUCUGAGGUGUCAUUCCUGCGCUACAUCCGCCAGUGGGGCAAGAAGGUGGUGUUUGCGCUCAACAAGGUCGACUCGCUCUCCUCGCCCGCGGACGUGAGGGAGGUGCAGGAGUUCGUCACAGCCAACGUGAAGCGCCUGCUCGCCGUCGACACCGUGCUGUGCUUCCCCCUCGCCUCGCGCCCCGCCCUCGCCGCCAAGCUCCUCCACAACGCGCCCUACCCCUUCCCCCCCGCGCCCUCGCCCGCCCUCUCCUCCUCCUCCGCCGCCCUCCCGCCGCCCGACCCCGCCGCCCAAGCCGCAGCCGUCCGCCUGCGCAACGACCCGUCCUACCAGGCGUCAGGCUUCGCCGACCUUGAGAUCUUCAUCCAGCAGUUCCUGGAAGGUUCCUCCGACGCAGGCGCAGAGCGGCUGCGGCUGAAGCUGGACACGCCGCUGGGAGUGGCGUCGGCGCUGCUGGCGGGCGCGGAGGCGCAGCUGACGGCGCAGGCGGAGGCGGCGGCGCGGGACGAUGAGGCACUGGCGGCGGUGGAGGCGCAGAUGGAGGGGUACGGCGCCGCCAUGCGCACCGACUCCCUGCUGCAGCGCUCCCGCGUGGCCGUACUCGUGAGGGAGGCGGCGGGAAGGGCAGAGGAGUUUGUGGAGGCCACGCUGCGGCUGGGCAAUGCUGACGUCAUGAUUCAGUACCUGUUUUCACCGCCUGGUGGGGGUGGUGGGGGAAGUGGUGAUGGGGCGAGUGGCAGUGGCGGCAUGCUGCCUGUGAGCAAGAGCUUUCAGACUCAGAUCGUGGGCACCGUGGUGGCUGAUGUGCGGAGAGCGCUGGUGGAGCACCACGUGUGGCUGCGCUCCAACAACGCGCGCCAGCUCGCCAGCUACCGCGACUUCGCCCGCACCCGCUGGCCCUCCGUGCCGCCUGCCCCCGCGCUGCCGGGCAGUGAGGAGGAGGGUGAGGGCGAGGGCGAGGAGGGGAGGAUUCCUGAGACAGUUGGCAUUCUGGAGGGAUUCAGCCCGCGCGCUGCUGCUCUGCUGCUGGAGGAAGAAAUGCGGGAGUCGGUGGUGAGCACGGUGACAGGGCUGGGAGUGGCAGGGGUGUCGGCGUCGGUGCUCACGGCCGUGCUGCAGUCGUCCCUGGAGGACCUGCUCGCCCUCACUGUCUGCACCGCUGGCGGCUCCCUGAAUGUGCUCACCUUCCCGCAGCGGCGGGAGAAGGUGAAGGGCAAGAUACGGCAGCGGGCAGCGGGGCUCAUCAAGCGCCUGGAGGAGGGGCUGGAGGGCGAGCUGCAGAGCCGCCUGGCUGACCUGGAGACACGCAUCCGUGCUGAGCUGGCACCAUACCGUCGUGCUGUGGAUGAUGAGCUUGUGCGCGUGGAUGCUCUGCAAUCGCAGCUGCAGAUGUCCACUCAGCAGCUUGAGGAGCUAAGGCAACGGGUCCGCAAUCUUGCCGUCUGA